CGUUAUGUCAAUUGGAGGAAAGCUCGGCCAACCCAGCCUCGAGAUGUCUAAGACUGCUGCCCAAUCUCUGUGUUUACCAUCAUCGCCUAGCCUCUAGAGGCUGGCAAACACAAUCAGCCGAGUCCUUCACCACUGCAGCAAAACCUUCAAGAACUCUCAAGCCUCAGCACAUUCACGACUCUCUAGUCGCCGUUAGCAUGCCCCGCCCACCUGUUACCCCCACAGGCCCUUCCUCGCCAAGCAAAAUAACCUGCACCUGCGGCCAAAGCUUCAAAACCAAUAGCGCUCUACAGCAGCACCAGCGCGACUCGUCCUUCUACCGCAACACAGCCAAAGGAAGCAGCGGGACAAAGGGUUCUUGCGACAAGACUAUCAAGGGCGAGAAUGGCCUGGGGGAGCAUAUACGCGACACAGCUCGUCAUAAGCUCGAAGAGUUCGCGGCCGGAACUGGAGCUAGAACAACGGAGAAGCAGAAGUUCCACGAGACUUGGCAGUACGCAAACUUCCGAAACGAAGAGACGUUCCCGACAUUUGCCGGCCUCCCAGGAGAGAACGACAUCAACCUAGCGUACUACGACACCGUGGAUGGGUUCACCUAUAGGCCUCGAAAGCACUAGUGCUUCUUGGCUGAAAUUAUUGAUAUCGAACACUUCAUUCGGGUGAAACUCAUCGUUCGGGAUAUGGCAGAUGCUAAGGUGCCAGUCGCCUUUUACACUGAUGGCCGAGGCACCGAGUUUGCGCCUUCCCAGCUGCGACCAGGAUGUGCUGUAGCAAUCCUGUAUGCGCAGCAGCAUGGCUUUCUUGAUUUCACGACCGGAAUUCGCCAGGAAGAAUAUCGCGGAAUAAAAGUAGGGCUCACACCCACCGCCGUGGUUU